UAGCAACCUUCCAUUAAAGUGUCACACUGUCACACACAGGUCCACAGGGAUCAAACAUUUGUACACGGAUCGUAAUCAUUUACGAACUACAGCUUUUUUUUUGGUUAAGACACGAGCCAGUGCAGUCAUGUCCGACUUCUCCAACGUGCCGUGGCACUUGUUCGCGAUGGCCAUCAUGAAUGUACAUAACUUAGAACCAAAGGCCUCCGAUGAAGUCGUUGCUGCUCUGACCGUUCGCACGGUGCAGCAAUCGGAGCUGGUGGACGUCCAGAAGGAGUGCUCCGUGUGCAAAGAGCCUCUCCAGGUGGGUGACGUAUUGAAGAUUAUGCCGUGCAAGCACGAAUUCCACGAGCCGUGUCUCAUCCAUUGGCUGACGGAGGCCAACUCGUGUCCCUUGUGUCGCUUCCAGCUGGAGUCGCCCGACAUCCCCACCAUACUCCGCAAUCUGCACUUAGAUGUAGACCGCCGCCGCCAAAACCGCCGCGACCGCCGCCACCGCCGCGCCCGCCGCAAUCUGCAGAUAGAUGUAACCCGCCGCAGUCUGGACGGACCCAACGACAGCAGUCACGGCGUCUCCAACCAAAUCAGCCAGGACGAUUCCAACGUGAGCAGCCAGGACAACGACUCCAGCCGCAUCAUCCAGGACGAUACCAACCGCCGCAGCCGGGAAUGAUCCAACCGCCGCUAGCACUAGUUUAGUUUAAAAGUAUUUGUAGAGAGAAAUUUUCGUUUUGCAUGUUAGAAAAUUCGCGUUGAAUAAUUCUACAGAUAUUCUGUGAUACUGUGGGAUCAUCGGUAACUUAUGCGUGCCCUGCCUCGUAUUCC